GUGGGUGGGGACCCGCCCAGCCCGGGCGGCCGCGGCGGCUCCCUCUCCCCUCCCUGACCCUCCCACCCCGGGUCCCAGCCUCUACUUACCCCGCCAGCCCCGGGAGGCUCGCAGAGCGAGCGGCGCCGGCGUCAUGUGACUGCCCGGAGUUGGUGCCAGGAGCCAGAGGGGAGCCAGGAGCGGAGCCGCGCGGAGCCGGGGCCCGAGCCGGAGCGCAGCGCGAGCGCCCGCCGAGCCGAGCCGCACGCGCGCCCGUUCCCGUCCCCUGCGGCCGCCACCGCCAACGCCACCCGGACCGGAGCGCUGACACCACUGCAUCCGCGGGGUUCCAGGCAGCCCGGAUCCGGGCCUUUAUUUCUUGCCUGCAGCGGUCAGCACCGCGCCUCGAAAAGCCAAUCACCAGAGCACCCUAGAAAGCAUAACUAAGAGAAUGCUCAUGUUUGACCCCGUCCCUGUCAAGCAAGAGGCCAUGGACCCUGUCUCGGUGUCAUACCCGUCUAAUUACAUGGAGUCGAUGAAGCCCAACAAGUACGGCGUCAUCUACUCCACACCAUUGCCGGACAAGUUCUUCCAGACCUCGGAAGGCCUGUCGCACGGGAUGCAGAUGGAGCCGGUGGACCUCACUGUCAACAAGCGGAGUUCACCGCCCUCGGCUGGGAGCUCUCCGUCCUCCCUGAAGUUCCAGUCCUCACACCGGAGAGCCUCGCCCGGGCUGAGCAUGCCCUCGCCCAGCCCGCCCGUCAAGAAGUACUCGCCACCACCGCCGGGCGUGCAGCCCUUCAGCGUGCCGCUGUCCAUGCCGCCCGUGAUGGCCGCGGCGCUCUCCCGGCACGGGAUUCGGAGCCCGGGCAUCCUGCCCGUCAUACAGCCCGUCGUGGUGCAGCCCGUCCCCUUCAUGUACACCAGCCACCUCCAGCAGCCCCUCAUGGUCUCCUUGUCGGAGGAGAUGGAAAAUUCCAGUAGUAGCAUGCAAGUACCUGUAAUUGAAUCAUAUGAGAAGCCUAUAUUACAGAAAAAAAUUAAAAUAGAACCUGGGAUCGAACCACAGAGGACAGAUUAUUAUCCUGAAGAAAUGUCACCCCCCUUAAUGAACUCAGUGUCCCCCCCGCAAGCAUUGUUGCAAGAGAAUCACCCUUCAGUCAUCGUGCAGCCCGGGAAGAGACCUUUACCUGUGGAGUCCCCAGACACCCAGAGGAAGCGGCGGAUACACAGAUGUGAUUAUGACGGAUGCAACAAAGUGUACACUAAAAGCUCUCACUUGAAAGCACACAGAAGAACACAUACAGGAGAAAAACCCUACAAAUGUACAUGGGAAGGAUGCACAUGGAAGUUUGCUCGGUCUGAUGAACUCACAAGACAUUUCCGAAAACACACUGGAAUCAAACCUUUCCAGUGUCCAGACUGUGACCGCAGCUUCUCCCGCUCUGACCACCUGGCCCUGCACAGGAAGCGCCACAUGCUCGUGUGAAUGCGUCCGUCUCCCGCCUCCGCGUGGCUCCCCACUCACCCAGCUCUCUCUCUGCCCUCUCUUCCAUUAUCUAAUUCAUUUUUUACAUGUACAUUUUAAUUUGGAUUCAGCUGGUCUGAAUCUCUGAAUUUCUAUCAUUCAAACUUCCAUAUGGUCAGUAGUAAAUAUUCUCUAAUCCUCCCUCUCCUUACCACGGGUCAGACCUAAAGAAUGUGAACACUUUUUUUUUUUUUCCUUUUCUGGGGAUGCUAAGCAAACCCUUCUUAGAGAUACGUUUAAUGUUAUGAGAACAAGGGAACAUGUAAAGUAACAACCAAUUGUCGGUUUCUCCAUGUAUUCCUCAAAAGAACGUCAAAGUAAAUGUAUUAGAAAUACAGUAUCCAGCCUGCUAGUCCUUGCCAGAGACAUCCAGACCUCUGAGCCCUGCGAUGGCCUUCAGCUCCACGGUGAAAAGAAAGGUGGAGCCUUCCACAGCCAAGCAGCAGGAUGUCAGACUAGUGCAGUCAGCUCUUCCAUUGUCCUGCACAAAUCCAACUUGUCAACUUGGAUUUAGCACUUCAUCUAAAUUUACAUCCUUUACCCUCCUUUGUGCCUCCAGCUACUAAGGAGGUCUUUGCCGCCACUGGGAGGUGAGCCAGAGCUGCUGAUUUAGGUGAGCGAUGUCCUCCGUGGAGGGGAUGAAUGCUGUACUUGCAUAACAUGGAGUCGGAGCACAGGGGCUGAGCAGGGCGGGUGAAGGGGGAAGCCAGCCUCUCCUGCUGGGCUAAGGCUUUUCAGUGAGAAUUCAUCAUUUGGUUAGCUGGGCAGCACGCUCCUAGAGCUUUGAUCUCCAUGCAGAUUUAGCUGUGCGGGACCCCACUGCAAAGCCAGGUGCUGAUGGGGUUAUCCACGCACCCGUCUCCAUUCUUACGAUGUCCUUAAUGUGGAUCGCCAAGCAUUGAUCGUAGGGACACCACAAAAGUAUUUGCCCAAUAAUGGUAAAAAAAAAAAUCUUUUGAGUAAGGGUAUGAGUGACCUCUUCCCCAACCUGCUUAACACCACUUUUGCAAACAGGGAAACGUUGAGUGGCCAUUGUAUUCCCAUAUCAAAUUAUCAUAGAGCUCUCCUACGGUAACUCUUCAUGUGAGCUGUCCGGUGCCAGACUGCCUGUCAUCUCUGUUCAUGACACAUACCUGCUAAUGCUUUAUUAGUUUCCUUCCAUUUAAGACCUGAGUGACACUAUUUGUAAAUAUAUAGUUGUGAAGCACACAUAGCUUUCUUUGAGGGACAGAUUUCUGAAAAAUCUAGAAAACCACAGUUCAGGGAUUCAUAUAUGUAGCUCAGAAAUUCCCAAACGUUUCCUGUUGGAGCCGGCAAUCUCCUUUCAUUAUCUGGGAUCCUGUCAGAGGAACAAACCGAAAAUCACUCGUGUUUAUGUGGAAGAUGAAUAGCACCAUUAUUUGAGGGAAGUUUUUCAAAAGCAGGCUUUUGAGCACCAGAGUAUCAAUGCCAAUAAAAAGAAUUCAUGCGUAGAAAUGCCAUUGGUCCUAAAUUUGAAGAAAUUGGGCGGCAGUGGUCUAAAUGUGAGUGCGUAUAAGCAGACGCACCUUCAUCCCUCGACAAAGGAUGGAGGAGCAGAGAGAAGAAUGGAAUCCUGAAGACUGAUCCCAGCCACAACUCAGGAUCCAACACAACCCUACCUGGGAGGAAUACAGUCACUGGUUUCUGAGACAUCGGUGCGUGAGUGACUCUGGAGGCCUGCAAACCACGUGGGGAGCUUACUCUGAUGGCGCUGUGUUAAUAAAAGGUAGUUGUAGGGACUGCACACCUCAGAGACCCCGCUUAUCAGCCCCUCGGAACCAACUGAGAGGAGAUGUAGUUGAGAAAUGCAAAGUAAUUUGUCAUCUUGGCACUUGGUUUUUAUUUUCUUUAUUUUUUUUUCUAUUUUAAGCACUGCAAGAUUUGUUUAGAAUAUUAAAACAUCCUUAUUAGGCGCUUUUUUUUUUUUUUUUUUUUUUUUUUUUGCAACUAUGACAUGAAUUGAGGGAUUUAAAAAAUGGCUCUUGGGCACGUAGGUGUUGUCUGUAUUGUAAAUGUUAGCCACCUUCAUGCCAAAGUGUUUAUUGCUUGAAAUGGUCCUUCCACAACGCACCGAAGAAUUACGUUGGAGUAAGAAGAGCUUCUUUGUUUUAAUGGAAGUAACCAGUUUAUGUAUGUUCUGACCCACCUAGAAGGUGGGGAAAAGUGGCAAGAAAGGGUCAAGUUGAUAUUUGACUAAUGAGCUUUGAGUCUAAGUCCAGCUAAUAGAAAUCUUCAUGGGUUCUCAUGGAAUUUGAUGUGUUUGCUAUGGCAUAUUUAAAUUUUUUUCUAAAAAGCAAGCAAGACCCUGCCAGGACUAUUACAUUACUAUUCAGCUUGCUCAGGUGAUACUAACAGUUUGUUAACAAAGAUUUCAUUUUAACCCUGAAAAAAGCAACCAGGGAAGCUAUUCUCUGUUCCCAUGCUGGUCUGUAUACUUUAGUUACCAAUUGGCUUGUAACAAAUUUUCCUUUUUUUAUAUAUAUUUGUAUUUUACUAUGAUAGUUGAGAAAUUUAGUCUCUUAGUAAUUUUUAGCUAUUAUGGUGGAAGACCUCCAAUACAAGAUAAGGUGCCCUUGAACGUGUGGUUUUGAUAAUAAGCCAUGUUAACUAUCAAUGGUGAUUUUAAUUGCAAUAUUUUAAAUUGAUGAGAAUGAUUUGUAACACGAAGUUAGUGUUGUAAAUUCUGUUUGUUAUAGAAUUCUUUGAUUAUUAUCCAAGUGUCAUCAUGGAGAAGAAGUCAGAAAAAUGAAAAUCUGCAUUCAUUAUAUUCUAGAGUUCUAAAAUGCGAAUCUACAUCAUAAAUGGGCAUUAACAUUCUACAUCGCCUGGCUUGGAGAACGUGUUAGCAGCAUAGCUAUGUUCAACUAAGGAAAUGCUAAAUACCAGAAGUUUCAAGAGCCUUGGGACAGAUUUACAGGGGAACUAUAUACGUAUGUGUAUAUUUUAUUAAACACCCAUCUGCACUAUCAGUGUUGCACUAAUGUGGAAUUUGAAAAACUAUUGCUGAUAACUGUCUAUCUGGACAUCAUUCCUGAUUAGAUUGUUUCAAAGACAAUCUCAGAUCUAAGUUUUAAAAUAUUUUGAUUGGUUUGAAAAUACACUGUCAUCUUGAAGGAAUUGCUGUCACACAUGAAGUUGCUCACAGUUGUCUUUAGUCUCUUCUUGGUCAAGGUUAACAAUUUCUAAAUGAUUGCAAAUUCACUUAAUACAUUUACAAAGCCAUUUUACAUGCAUUAAACGAGGGCUACAACAAUAUUAUGUUUUACAAAUACUAGCACUUUUUUUUUCUUUUUUUUGCUGUUAUGUAUUUAGUGUUAGUGGGUCAAAAUAAUCUUUCUGCUUAGCAUCUCUUAAACCAUACCUGCAAGUGUAGCAGGAUUAUUACAUUUACAGUACUUUAAUACUUGUAUAAACUAUGCAGAAAUUUUUAAUAAAGUGUAAUAUAUUUUAUAAGCUAAUAAGACUGAAUGGGUAAAGGUUUUUAGCAUGCAUUAGUAUACUUGCAAAUACUGAAACAUUUUGGUAAUCUUUCUUACUAAAGAUGUGAAUGUUUAAUGUACCUUCUCUGUUUCUACUCUGUAGUCCAAUGGGAAUUCAGUAAUGACAUUUUGUCAUGUCAAACUGUGAACAUAAAUUUGUACUGUACAGUCCUCAUAUACUAUAUACAGUAUGCAAUAUAUGUAUUAUAUACUUGUUAAUAAAACCAUCAGAAUAUUAAAUGUGA